AUAGAAUAUGAGGCUGUUUCAAAUGUGCGCGCUAAUCCUUAUGAUAUAAUAAUAUCCCAUCAUAUGGUGAUUGGAAGAAUGAGGACUAUAAAAUGAAUUAAUUGGGAGCAUAAGUUUGAACAACAUAACCGGUUACGUAUGUGCAUUUAAUCUACAACAGCUUCAAAUUUACGGCAAUUCCGGCGUUAUCAAUACGAAAUGAACUUUAAAAGUCUCCUGAUUGAAACUCUUCUUCAGUUUUAAAACUAACGUAAAUACUAUUUGUAUAAAUAUGAACCGAACGCCUAAAGAACGUUUAGAGGACUUAUUUCGUUCUGCUGAAGAUUUCACUAUAGUACAAAACAUUGAUGUUGGUCAUUAUGCACGGUUCAUAAGAUCGAUGUUUCGUUUAUCUGUUCAAUAUUCAGAAGCAGACCAAAAAGAAAAAGCAUAUAUACUAUGCUUAAGAGCUGCACUAUGCAUUCGGGAACUUCCUACUCAUAAGGGCUAUCCAAAAUUAAAUCCACGUGUUCAAGGUGAGCUGAAAAAUCUUGGAAAACUGUUGGUAAAGUCCGCUGAAAUUCUAAAAGAUGAUUUGAAGAAAAAGUAUAUGGAAGAAUACAACGGUCAAAAUAAAUCCGAUACAACUGAGUUAAAAAAUGAUGCUAAUGGUGGAGUAGGAUCAUAUCUUAACCAUGAUUCUGAUUCUUCUAGAUUAUCUUCUGGAAAUUCAUCGUCAUGUAAUGGAACAUCGAAUUCAGAGUGUAAUACAGCUAUCAGUUCUAUUCUUGAUCACUCUAAGAAACCUUUUUACAACUAUACAGCACAUUGUAAUUUAACCAAAACAUAUUUAUCACGACACCUAAUAAGUGACUUUUUAACUCUAGCUUCUAAAAACACAAGAGAAAAUCGCGAAACAUGUGGUACUCUUUGUGGUAGACUAAUUGACGGUAAUUUCUACGUUACACAUCUCUUAAUCCCAAAACAAAGUGGCACUUCAGACUCAUGUGUUACGUAUAAAGAAGAAGAAGUAUUUGAAUAUUUGGAUAGAAGACAGUUAAUCACAUUGGGUUGGAUCCAUACGCAUCCUACACAAACUGCAUUUUUGUCAGCUGUUGAUUUACACUGUCAGCUUUCAUACCAGGCUAUGCUUCCAGAAGCUAUUGCCAUUGUAUGUGCUCCCAAGUUUGAUGAUAUCAAAUGUUUCUCUCUAACCCCUGAUCAUGGUAUUUCAUUUUUGUCAAAGUGUAAACUAACCGGUUUUCACCCGCAUUCUACAAAUCUCCCAUUAUACGAACAAAGCCAACAUGUGAUAUUUGAUGAUACUGUUGAACAUUUUUCCGAAGAUCUCCGAUAGUAUGUCUGUUGCAAUGUACAAAAGAAAAUAUCUUUUUUUGUUAUCAUACUUUUAAUUUGUGCUGACUUAUUGAAAGUAACAAUUUACGACGUAUAAUAAUUUAAUAAUGAUAUUUUCGUCUAUUUUUGUAUAUUUCAAUGUUUAAAAAUCUGUAUUUGUGACAAAGAAUACUUCGAUUUCAGCUAUGUCAAGCAUUUUGAACCCGUGUUAUAAGUAGUUUACUUCAGCACUCAUCUUUAAGAUGAGAUUUCCUCCCUUCUAAUUCUACUUUAUAUUUGUAGUAAUAUUGGAUUACUUAAAGAAAAUGCUAAGAGUAACAUAUUGCAAAAUGAAGUGGUCACUGAUCUCUAGUCAUUGUCGCGUCAGCCUUUUGAUGUCCAUGUAACAACUGAAAUAGGUAGUGAGAAACUGGGUUUUAGUGCAAAAGACUGACUAAAAUGAUGCACUGUCUUGGUCUUCCUUGAAGUAAAUGGCUUACUAACCGUCGUUUCACCGUAGAGACUUUGCAGACUGUUCCACUUCAGCGUGCAAAAUUAGCAUAGGUGGAAAGCUGGCACACUUCCAGUCAG